GGAAAAGCCAGGCUACGUGUUUUCGGUUGCGCAUCCAAUCGGAACGCUUACAGAGUCAUCGAGGCCAAUAGUAGAGAGCCGCGUGGACUGGCCACGUGGUUUCGCCCCCUCUUAUAACACCAACGAAACUCCUCCUCCUCGUCCAGGAGGCGUCCCGGUCGUUACGUUGGCGGAUUCACCCUGCCUGCUCCUACUCUGCUCCUGCGCCUGCGUUCCGCAUUCCGUCGUCUCAGAGGACCACCGGGAACUCGGCCUACCUCGCCGGAUCUGGUGAUUCCGGCGAAUUUUCAGCCGAUAAUGGAGGUUCACGGCACAGGGCUUCGCCGUGUAUUUUUGCUGGCCUUCUGCGUGGCGGGGAUUUGGUCUGCCUAUAUCUACCAAGGUGUUCUUCAAGAAACUGUGUCCACCAAACGAUUUGGUGCAGACAGGAAGAGGUUUGAACACCUUGCAUUCCUCAACUUGGCACAGAAUGUAGUUUGUUUAAUCUGGUCAUUUGUUAUGAUAAAGCUUUGGUCCAGAAGUAGUACUGGUGGUGCUCCUUGGUGGACGUACUGGAGUGCUGGCAUUACAAACACCAUUGGCCCAGCUAUGGGAAUUGAAGCAUUAAAGUAUAUUAGUUACCCAGCUCAGGUCCUGGCAAAAUCAUCAAAAAUGAUUCCAGUGAUGCUGAUGGGAACACUAGUUUAUGGUAUUAGAUACACUUUUCCUGAGUACAUUUGUACUCUCCUUGUUGCCGGAGGAGUCUCUACAUUUGCACUUUUAAAGACUAGCUCAAAGACCAUCAGCAAGCUGGCCCACCCAAAUGCACCCCUUGGAUAUGGCUUGUGUUUCCUGAACCUUGCAUUUGAUGGAUUCACAAAUGCUACUCAAGACUCAAUAACAGCAAGGUACCCGAAGACAAGUGCUUGGGAUAUAAUGCUGGGGAUGAAUUUAUGGGGCACGAUAUACAACAUGGUCUACAUGUUUGGUUGGCCACAUGGCAGUGGUUUUGAGGCAGUCCAAUUCUGCAAGCAGCAUCCUGAGGCAGCAUGGGACAUUCUUCUUUUUUGCCUAUGUGGUGCAGUGGGUCAGAAUUUCAUCUUCUUAACCAUAAGCCGAUUUGGUUCCCUUGCUAACACCACCAUCACCACUACCAGAAAAUUUGUCAGCAUUGUUGUGUCUUCACUGCUCAGUGGAAAUCCCCUCUCGGCGAAGCAAUGGGGAAGUGUGUUUAUGGUCUUCACUGGGUUGUCAUACCAGAUUUACCUCAAAUGGAGGAAGUUGCGGAGAGUGCAGAAGAAGAGAAAGCCUAUGUGAAGAGGAUUAAUUUGAAUUUAAUUCUCCCGGCAUCAUUUUAUUUUUCCUCUUUGUUAUAAUCAGUGUAAGCGUGUAACGAUAAGGUCCAAACCCUCACCAAAGUUCAGAGAAUUAUUAGGAGAGUGUAAUUGAGGAAAUCAUAUAUUAACUUAAAAGUAGACAGUAGAAGUUUUGGCCUGCUUUUCUUCUCACGCCAAACGUAAAUGUCGUUAUUUUGAAUGCAAUCCAGGCCAUAUGGUGUGGAUUACUGUAUUGUAGCUGUCAUUUAAAGCAACAGUAAAAUUAUUUGCAAAGUAAUUUGGAUUA